UUAGCCUAAAAGCCACUCAUCAAUCGUUCAUUUCUCAUUUCUCACAAAGGAUUCUGUCUAUGCAAGCUCCUGUGCUUGCAUGAAAAUAACAAAUGGCAAAAAGUGUCUCAAUGCUUGUAGUUGCGCUUGUUGUUUUAUUUGUAUUGAAAUUAACGUGUAGUAGUAGAGAUGAUAUUCAUAUUCCCACUACUCUUGACGGACCUUUCAAGCCUUUUACAAAACCUCUCGACAAGAGUUUCCGAGGGAACGCCAUUGAUUUGCCUCCCACCGAUCCUCGUGUUCAGAGAACAGUCCAGGGAUUUGAGCCUGAACAAAUCUCCGUCUCUCUCUCUUCAACCUAUGACUCCGUUUGGAUAUCUUGGAUCACAGGGGAUUUCCAAAUUGGUGACAACAUACAAGCAUUAGAUCCAAAAUCUGUGGCAAGCUUUGUUCAAUAUGGAAUGCUAAGAUUUCCAUUGAUUAAUCAAGCAACAGGGUAUUCCCAAGUUUACGGUCAACUUUAUCCUUUUGAAGGCCUGAAAAACUACACUUCCGGAAUCAUACACCAUGUUCGUCUCAGAGGGUUGAAACCAAACACCUUGUAUUAUUAUCAAUGCGGAGAUCCUUCAAUACCAGCAAUGAGUGAUAUCUAUUAUUUUAGAACAAUGCCUGAUUCCAAUCAUAGAAGUUACCCAAGUAGAAUUGCAAUUGUUGGGGACCUCGGGCUCACUUACAAUACAACUUCAACAGUCAGCCACAUGAUAAGCAACCAUCCUGAUCUUAUUCUCUUGGUUGGUGAUGUGAGUUAUGCCAACUUGUAUCUUACUAAUGGAACUGGGGCUGAUUGUUAUUCUUGCUCAUUUUCGCAAACUCCCAUUCACGAAACCUAUCAGCCUCGUUGGGAUUAUUGGGGAAGAUUUAUGCAGCCUCUAUUGUCUAAAGUUCCAAUAAUGGUUGUAGAAGGGAACCAUGAGUAUGAAGAGCAGGCUGAAAAUAAGACUUUUGUUGCUUACAGUUCUCGAUUUGCAUUCCCUUACAAAGAGAGCGGAUCCCCAUCGACAUUCUAUUAUUCUUUCAAUGCAGGCGGGAUACAUUUUAUCAUGCUUGGUGCUUACAUUUCCUAUGACAAAUCAGGAGAACAAUACAAGUGGUUGAAAAGAGACCUGGCUAAGGUUGAUAGAGAAGUGACUCCAUGGUUGGUGGCAACGUGGCACCCUCCUUGGUAUAGCACCUACACCGCGCAUUACAGAGAAGCCGAAUGUAUGCGAGUAGCAAUGGAAGAAUUACUAUACCAGUAUAGUGUUGACAUAGUCUUUAAUGGACAUGUUCAUGCCUAUGAGAGAUCAAACCGAGUAUAUAACUACACUUUGGACCCUUGUGGUCCUGUAUAUAUAACAAUAGGUGAUGGUGGCAAUCGAGAAAAAAUGGCGAUUACACAUGCUGAUGAAGAUGGAAACUGUCCGAAACCAUCAAGCACUCCAGAUAAAAUACUGGGUGGCUUCUGUGCAUUCAAUUUUACAUCAGGGCCAGCGGCUGGUAAAUUUUGCUGGGACCGACAACCUGAUUAUAGUGCUUAUCGCGAAAGUAGCUUUGGUCAUGGUAUUCUAGAGGUGAAAAAUGAGACUCAUGCUUUGUGGACAUGGCAUCGGAAUCAGGACUUGUAUGACAGUGCUGGAGAUAUAAUUUAUAUAGUCAGACAACCUGAGAGGUGCCCAGCUGAUGCAAAGGUAAACAAAAACAAGCUUUAG